AUGACGCACCUCAUGGACAAGGCCAAGGGGUUCCUGGUGGAGAAGGUCGCCCACAUCAAGAAGCCGGAGGCGAAACUGGCGGACGUUGACUUCACCCACGUAAGCCGGGACUCGGCGACCCUCCUCUGCAAGCUGGAUGUGGUAAAUCCAUACGACCACGACCUCCCCAUCUGCGAGAUCUCCUACUCCUUCAAGAGCGCCGACAAGUACAACUCUCUCUCUCUCUCUCUCUCUCUCUCUCUCUCUGUCGCCUCCCCCCUUCAGACGUGGUGGCUGAAGAAUACAGUUUGCUCCGCAGGGUGAUAGCUUCCGGCACGGUGCCGGACCCUGGCUCGCUGAGGGCGAACGACCAGACGAGGGUUGACGUGCCGAUCAAGGUGCCAUACGACUUCCUCUUCAGCAUAGCCAAAGACGUUGGGAGGGACUGGGACAUCGACUACGAGAUCGCCGUGGGUCUAACCGUUGACCUCCCCCUCAUCGGCAGCUUCACCAUCCCUCUGACCAAGAAGGGCGAAGUCAAACUACCCACCCUCUCUGAUGUCUUCUGA